AUGGUAUAUGCAUUAACCGAAGCAGCAUAUAAGUCAUUUUUUAGAGUAGUUAGAAGAGUACUACCAUUAAAUUAUGCACAAAUCACUAUUAUUACGGAUUAUGAAAGAGCUUUAAUGACCGCCGUAAAAAGUAUUUUUCCUGAAAGUAAACUUCGUGGUUGCUGGUUCCACUUCUGUCAAUCCGUUAUCCAAUACUGCCGAAAGAGUUUAAAUAGUGUAUUCCACUUAUUCCAAAAUAACCCUGAAGCAAAUAGAGUUCUGCGUAUGGUUUUAGCAUUACCACAUCUUCCUGCAGAAAUACACCCGGAAUGUCGUUUUACUAUGAGCGAUGGGUUUCAUGCUAUAAUUGAAUAUGUAAACCAGUAUGACCAUAUUUCGGAACGCCUUCAUAAUUUUUAA